UGUCUACAGGAGAGUAACUUUGUAGCUGCAGUCUAACAGGGAUACUUAUAAAGUUCACUUUUUUAUUUAAAUGUCAUUUUAAACUGCCCAUUUGAUUUUGAAAUUACACUGAAUCUGAAUGCAAAUGAUUAAAAGGCAGUCAUGAUAGGUGAAGUGAGAGUAGCACUUUAAAGAUAAAUUUCACAUUUGCUGAAUGCAAUGAAACAAAUUGAAUUUAAGAGACUGUAAGAGUACUACAAUCAAACAGUCAACUUUUGGCGUAUUUUCUUUUUUGAGUAGGGAAGUGAAUGGGAUCUCAUUUACAUUUACAAAGAAAAUGCCAGGCUUCAAGUGGGAUGCAGAUUCAAAGAGUGCUUCUGAAUCAAAAAACUCUGACAGCCAGCAGAAUUUGAGGCCAAUGAAGUACUUACGCUCUCAUUUUACCAACUUAAGUAAGCAGGCAAAAGAAAAUGGAGGACACAAAAAAAGUCCAAAUACACAGCCAUCAGAAACAAGAACUACAAGAGAAGUCAAAGAUCAGAAUGAUGCAGAAGAAGACUACAGACCUCUUCCAUCUCCAACCAGAUCAUCCUUGCGAGUGCCAGGUAAAAAUUUAGGUCGAACAAAAGAUGGAUUCCGUGUUACUUUUGCUGAGAAUCAAUCUUCUGAGCCACCCCAGGAAAAGAAAACUGCAGCCAGAUCUUUAUUUACUUCUGAUAUAUACCAGCCAAGAGAUAGCACUGCAAGUGGACAGCUAGGCCAUUUUGAUCCAAGGAGCUUGCUUCCCUCAAAGCACAAUUUAUGGACUACUGCUAAAGAUUAUAGAGAUUCCCAACAUAUUUCUACCUCUACAAAAGAAGACUACCUUAAGACUUCUUCUACCAAUACUGCAUCACACAGCUUAGAUGCUAGGCCUUAUGGAGAUGUGAAAAAGACCUAUCAAUCAUCCUUUGUGGAUUUAUUGAAACAUCAGAUUGAUAAAGUUCCCACUGAAUCCAGCAUUGAAAGAUUACAGAAACUAAGUUCUGAUCUGUAUGUGACCACUCACCUGGAUGAUGAACCUCUUGUCCUGGAUAAUCAGACUUUAAAAUCUGAUAAACCGUCUACCACUUUAACAACCCACAAUCACUUUUCAUCAACUGAGGCAUUGCUUGAAAAGCCAUAUUCGUCCUCACCUUCAUCAAAUGUACCUUAUUAUUCUAUUGGAGGUGCAAGAAAUGUAUUUCUUGAAAGAGGCAAACAGUUGAUCACUGAAAAGCCUCCCAGAUCUAAACAUGAGAACCAUUCAGCAUGGACUUCUGAAGAUGUGGACAUUUUCUCUCCAAGAACAGAAAUGAAGAGAACUAGCAGCCUUACAUUGUUGCCAUCCAAAUCGUUUUAUGAACAAAAUGAGACUGAGAAAUUUUCAGGUAAAACCCUUCAGACAGAUGACCUCAGAGACCACACGAGUUGGUUAUCAGCUGUUCGUGGGUUAUUGCCAUCUUCAGACACCUCCAUUGUUCUUAGUCAGCUCCUUGACCUAGUGGAUCGCUAUUGGAAUGGAUCAAGGUCUCUUCAUCUUAACCAAAAAUUCCUAACCCCAGCACAAGAACUUCUCACUUCUCUGACAAGGUCCACAUCUUCAGAAGUUGUUACAUCAUAUCAGGUGCAAGAAGAGAAACAAAUUAAGACCCUUCCAAAUGAGGACAGGUCACUGAACAGAGAGCAGGGACCUCAUAUGGGAGACAUGCAAGACUUAAAGGAACAAUUGAUGGAUGCAAAAUAUGAUUUGGAUUGUUUGAGACUAAAGUUUGAGAAAAUAACAGAAGAAAAUAAUAUUCUGAAGUCUAAGCUACAGAAAGCAGAACUGCCUUCCAAGAACAACUCUACAAGAAAUCAAUCUGAUUUUGCAAGUCAGCAGUACCCAUCCAAUGAACAACUAUUUCUGAGGCUCGGACAGCUGAGUGAACAACUGAAACAGAGUGUUGGACUCCAAGAAACAAUCAACAUGUUAAAGGAGAGCCACAGGUCAUUGAUAUCUACAAAUGAUUAUUUACUAAUGCAGCUUAACAAAACAAGAGAAGGAAAUAAUUCUGAACUAUCAAACUCAUAUUUUGGUUCCCAAAACAAGAAUGGUUCUAUGGACCGAUGGACAACAGGAAGGAACAGCACCUCACAGCCACCAUCAUCUAGUUUUAACCAGUACAAUAAACUGGAUAAUUUAACUAACUCUCCAUUAUAGAAAAUAGGAUUCCCAAAUUAUAUAUAUUCAGAUCUCUAGCAUGUUUAUCUCUGUAAAAGAUAAAGAAAAUGAAACAAAAUGUGUACAAUGAGUUUCCUAUUCCUUUCUGCAAACUCGUACUAUAAAAUGUUUCAGUGACAAUGUUAAUAUGCAAAAAUGUUUGUGUCAGUUGCUUUAGUUUAUAGUAGUCAUAAAUUAUCAAAUGCUUUUGAUAUUAAAUAGCUUGAUUUCUUGAUACACUUACUAAAAAUAACAAUUAUGGCACUGUUACACUAUCUGUUUUUAUACAUGUGUACCAGCACUGUUUUAUAGUAAUAGCGACAUUAAAAUUGCACAUGUAGAUAGUAACCUCAAAAGAAGGAUCCAUAACUGUCAACCUUUCAUUUCCUAAGUCUGCAAUGCUACCUCUCACAAUGUGGAAGAAAUGGAUAAAAUUCGGCACAUGAACUAACUAUUUGAAGAAUGACACAGGAUGGUUAAUAACUGUUUCUUCAUAUUUUCUAAAAGUUUUUUAAUGAACUAAUAUAAUUCAAUAUUAUUUAUCAUUUAUCUGUUAUAUGUUUAAAAAAUUAAAAAUAAAUGUUAGGCAAGCUCUUUCAAGUGAAACAGCUGUGGAACAUGAUACUUUUUAAGACUCAAAAUGAAGACAUUUCCUCCUAAUAAAGUUCAUUUGAGGGGUAUAAAAAAAAUCAUAAUUAUUUUAUUUCCUGACACGUCUUUGGACUUGAAACUGUUAAAAUUAGAUUAACCUAAAAACAUUAAAGUUUAUCUGUUAAAUUUCUGUAAAGAACAGCUGCUAAUAAAGAUACACAAUUAUU